ACCUCAUCUCUCUUCAGAUCAGUUUACAUUAAGCUGGCCACCAUUUUUACCUAGCAGCUCACUCCUCCUUUCGUCCAGCUCAGUAGCCAGCUAGCUUGCGUUCAGUCUCCCAGUUUCUAUAGUGUGUAUUUUACGGCGGCACCUUCGACCAACAAACAACCAUGGACGCCAUCAAGAAAAAGAUGCAAGCUAUGAAGCUUGAGAAGGAGAAUGCUCAAGAUAGAGCCGAGGCAUCUGAGCAGAAACUGAGAGAGGAGCAAGAAAAGAACUCCAAGGCUGAGGAGGAAAUCAACAGCCUACAGAAAAGAAUCCAGCAAUUAGAAAAUGACUUGGACCAAGCUACUGAAAAUCUACAAAAUGCCACCACAAAACUGGAAGCUUCAGAGAAAGCCCAGGGAGAGGCUGAGGAGCAGGUGCAGACACUGAACAGGCGUGUCUUACUAUUAGAAGAAAACCUAGAAAGCACAGAGGAGAGACUCACUGCAGCAUCAUCCAAGUUGGACGAGGCUUCUCAAGCUGCAGAUGAGUCUGAGAGAGCGCGAAAAGUGCUUGAGAACCGAAACAAUAUUGAUGAUGAUAGAAUUGGAAUGCUUGAGCAGAUGGUUCGAGAAGCCACAGAAACUGCAGAUGAAGCUGAACGCAAAUUUGACGAGGUUACGAGAAAAUUAACAAUAACAGAAGCAGACUUAGAGCGUGCUGAAGAUCGUGCAGACAAUGCAGAAGCCAAAUUGAAGGAGCUGGAAGAAGAAUUGCACGUCGUUGGUGCCAACUUGAAGUCGCUUGAGAAUAAUGAGGAGCAGGCUUCAGCGAGAGAAGACAGCUAUGAGGAGACAAUCCGUGACUUAACUGCCAGGUCAAAGGAGGCUGAACACCGUGCUGGUGAGGCUGAGAGGACAGUGGCAAAACUCCAGAAAGAUGUUGAUAAUUUGGAAGGGGAACUGGAAGCAGAGAAGGAGAAAUUAAAUAGCCUUAGUGCAGAGCUUGAGGCAACCUUUACUGAACUUGCUGGUUAUUAAAAGUUUUACAUUUCUAACACAAGUCAACAUUCAUACCAGAUUUAAUAUAAGAAAAACUUGGUGACAAGAACGGCAACAAGAAUAUUUUAUGCACAAUGAUGGCAUGGAAGACUACUUGACCACUUAAUGUGGUAACAUUUCUCACAACCAGUUCGGGAAUAUUGUAUUUUCUAAUCCUUUCAGCUUGUUCUUGGCAAAUAUAGCGGUUUAGCAAACUAUAUGCUAGCCAAAGCAACUGGGGGUACUUGUUAUAUGGUGUACAGGUCUUCUUCUUCAUAAUAGAGCUUAUAGCAGUAUGUAUCUUUAGAUGCUUCCAUCUGGAAAGAAGGGCUGCCGUGAUAGUAGGAAGAUGUGUAUGUGUUGACAGUGUACACCUGGCGGGCACUUCCCAAGUACCCUCAACGUGGUUUGGCUGGCAAACCGGGUUUUUGAGCAGGUUCCUCUCAUAAGAAACUCUUCUUCUUUUACAUUAAGAGACAGGACAAUUUUUGCAAGUGGUCCAAAAACUUUGGUUCUUUGUACCUUCUACUUAUUAUUAUGUAUUUAAAAUGCGAUGGAAAAUCUCAGUAACAAGGAGAUAUAUAAUUGGAUGGAUAGCUCUGGGCAAUAUCCACAAACCAACAACUGGAUAGCUUUCACGGGACUGCCUUGAUGUAUUUACUAGCCCGAUUGAACCCAAGCCCAGAUAAACCAUUAUGUACAGAUAAAUCAUGCAAAAGUGGCUUAGAAUAAGACUGAGGUGAUUGUUUACAUGCUUUGUAUAGUCCUGUAGAAAUGACUUGACUUUAGUGUCUGUAGCAGGUAGUUUUGUGUAUAUUUCAUCCAUACAUUUGUUUAUGAAAAUAUAAAAAAGGCUAGUAGACUGGUUAUAGGUUGCUGCUAUGUUAAUGAAACGCUCCCUUUGCAAAAAGCUGGCUUAGUAAGUAUGCUUUAUAAGUAACCCAGCAACUUGUAGAGCCAGCCUGUUCAAAUCGAAUAAAUGUUCAACGGGCGAUCCUUAGAUUACUGCUUUUAGCGAUCAUGUAUUUACUUAUUUUCUAUAUUAUAUACUAGCACUUUAUGCUAACACAGUUAUAAUUCGAUUGGAUAUUGCCAGUUUGUUUAACCGUCUAUAAAAUUUACCUGAGUGUAAUCUGAAGAGCAGGUUUAUGCAGAUUUAUCUAGAGAUCACGUGAAACAAAUUUUAUAGAGACAAAUGGAGGCUUCCUAUUGGAAUAAAUUGCUGGAACCGAUAA